GGUUCUGGGAAUUUUUUUUUAAAGAAAAGUUUGACAAUGGAUGCUGACGAACGAAGUGAUAGUUUAUUGUUAGCACUCUCUCAGAAGGGAGAAGGUGGUAUAGAAGUUUUUUUAGAUUCCGUAUUCGGUUUUUUGAGCAGAAAAACGGAUUUCUACAGCAGUGCAGAUCCUAAACAUUACAAGUCGAUGGUGUUAAAGUAUAUGAACAAAUAUGCAUUAAAGAAUAAAGAGGAAAAAUUGAAAGUUUCUGUAGAGAAAAAUGCUUUAAUUAAAGAUGUUUGUAAAGAUAAAAUUGUAGAAUUACCAGAUGAAACCGGUUUUGAAGAAAUUAAAAAAAAUUUUGAUUCUGAAAAAGAAAAUAUUUCCGGAAAUAUUAAUAAAACUGUAGAGGCUGAAAAGGAAGAUGAUCUUGAAGAAGGCAAGCUCAGACCCAAUAAGGGGAACGGUUCUCAGACUGAAAAGUACGUUUGGACUCAAACUUUGCAAGAGAUAGAAGUUCGAAUUCCUUUUAAAAGUUGCUCAGUUUUAAGAGGAAAUCAAAUGGAGGUCGUUAUUAAUAAGAAAUUUUUAAAAGUUGGGAAAAAGGGAGAAGAUUAUUUUGUUUGUGGGACUUUGCAUGGCGAAGUGAAGGCUGAAGAAAGUGUUUGGCUUCUUGAAGAUCGAAAUGUUGUAGUGCUUUCUCUUCCGAAAAUUAAUAGUAUGAGUUGGUGGCCGCGCUUGCUGGAAGGCGAGCAGGAAAUCGACACGCGCAAGAUUCAACCUGAAAACUCGAAACUAUCCGAUCUGGACGGAGAAACACGUGGCCUCGUUGAGAAAAUGAUGUACGAUCAGCGGCAGAAGGAAAUGGGCUUGCCCACGUCAGAGGAACAGAAAAAGCAAGAACUUCUUAAAAACUUUAUGAAGGCUCAUCCCGAAAUGGAUUUUUCUAAAGCCAAAUUCUCAUAA